GGUUCGAACUACGCUAAAUAGCAACACCCAAAACAACCAAACACGAGGAAAACUGGAAAACUUAUGUUUAUGAUUAUGUUGUAAUGUUUAUGCUGCAAUUUACCAAAUAUAUAAAUAAAAUCAUGGCAGCAAACAUAUCAGAUACUGAUGUUAUAAUAGAUACCGAAGGAAUCACCGUGCCAGAGUGCGCACACGGCCCAGCACUUAUGUUUGUGCGAUACAGUGGAUCAGAUGCUGGCAGGAGAUUCUUUGCAUGUUCUGCUUUUCGGGACAGAAAAGACUGCAGCUUCUUCCAGUGGUGUGAUGAGAAUGUCUCACAAGAGAAACUUGAAAUGAGAAAAGUGAUUAACAAAUCCAUGCAGCCAAAAUACAGUCACAGACAAUACAGGGAAAGAUUUCAAUUAGUCUUAAAGGGGAUACAUAAAAAAGAGAGACAACUCUGUCGAACCUGUGGACUGUUCUUGUUACCUGAUGAAGAAAAGGAGCAUGAGGACCACAAUAUUCUAAACAAAAUCGAUAAAGCCAUGCUGAAACUCCCCUCACAGCUUUUUACUCCACUGGACAACAACAAAACAUAUGCUCAAUAUUUGUUUUCAAAGAAGACAGUGGCGUUUGUGUUGGAUAAGUUGAAGAGUCUGAACAAAACUCAUAUAAUCUGUUUAGGAGCUCCAAGAAUUCAUGAGGCGAUUAUGAAUGAAGAAACUGGAACAUUGAAGAGUUAUCUUCUGGAUUUAGAUUUCAGAUAUAUGCAGGUGUAUGGCCCUGAAAAUUUCUCUAGAUACAACAUGUUCAACCACCACUUCUUUGAUGGAGAAAGAUCUGUUAAAUUUCUAACCAAAUUCUUGACCAGUUGUUCGCAUGACCAGGUUGCCAUGGUAUUUGACCCUCCAUUUGGUGGCAUGGUAGAGGCUUUAAGUGUUUCCAUAAGGAAAAUAUCAGAACUUUGGAAAUCAGUAACAAAAGCUCCUACAGACCUGACUCUCCCAAUCUUAUGGUUUUUUCCCUACUUCAUGGAGAAAAGGAUAAUAGAUUCCUUCAAGGACUUUCAAAUGCUAGAUUACAAGGUAGACUAUGAUAACCACACUCUGUUCCGGGGAGAUGUGAAGAAACAUGGAUCGCCAGUCCGGAUAUUCACCAAUAUUCAUCCCCAGAAAAUUAAACUGUCAGCUGAUGAAGGAUACAGGUUUUGUGCAGUAUGCAAGAGAUACUCUGCCAAGGAGAACAUUCACUGUGAUGUGUGUGACAGUUGCCCAACAAAAUAUGGGGCCACAUACAGGCACUGUUUUAAGUGUGACCGAUGCAUCAAACCCAGCAAGGAGCAUUGUGAGGUCUGUCGGACUUGUCAACUGAAAGGGCACUCCUGUGAUAAACCUUCACAAGGAUGCCAUAUAUGUGGUGCUCUUGAUCACAAGAGAAGAGAGUGUCCCGAGAAAGGAUCUCAAAAGGCGUCUAAAAGGUUAAAUAUCGACGGCCUACUUGUUUAUUUUCCCUAUGACUAUAUAUACCCAGAGCAGUAUAUGUACAUGCUGGAGCUGAAAAAGUCUCUAGAUGCCAAGGGACACUGUGCAUUGGAGAUGCCUUCGGGUACAGGGAAAACAAUUUCUCUUCUCUCUCUUAUUGUUGCCUACAUGAAGGCAAACCCACUAGAAGUCACAAAGUUGAUUUAUUGCUCAAGAACUGUUCCAGAACUUGAAAAAGUAGUCGCUGAAUUAAAAAACCUAAUGGAUUAUUAUGAACAACAACUUGGUAAAGGGAAACCAAAAAUAUUGGGCUUGGCACUUAGUUCCAGGAAAAACCUGUGCAUCAACCCAGAGGUCAGUCAGGAGCGAGACGGUAAGAACGUGGACGCUCUGUGUCACAAACUGACCGCCUCAUUCGUCCGCGCCAAUCACAAGAGAGACGCCACUGUACCAGUGUGUAGCUUCUAUGAGAGUUAUGAUGCUCACGGAAAAGAAAUGCCGCUACCUGAAGGAGUGUAUGGUUUGGAUGAGCUUCAAGAAUAUGGAAGGAAAAAAGGUUUCUGUCCAUACUUUUUAGCAAGACAUGCUAUAACUCAUGCCAAUAUUGUGGUGUACAGCUACUACUACCUUCUGGAUCCAAAGAUUGCCGAGGUGGUCUCCAAAGAACUCUCCAAGAAUGCCGUUGUUGUCUUUGACGAGGCUCACAACAUUGAUAAUGUGUGCAUAGAAUCAAUGAGUAUCAAAAUCACAAGACGAACCUUGGACAAAUGCCAACAAAAUAUUGACGGACUCAGUAAACAAAUUCAAAGGUUAAAAGACUGUGAUGCUGAGAGACUGAAGACAGAGUAUCAGAAGCUGGUACAGGGAUUGAGAGACGCCAACAUCGCCCGAGAAACAGAUGUUAUACUGGCUAAUCCAGUUCUUCCAGAUGACGUUCUGAAAGAGGCAGUGCCUGGGAACAUCAGAACAGCGGAACAUUUCCUGGGUUUCAUGAAGCGGUUCCUCGAGUACAUGAAGAUAAGACUGCGGGUGCAGCAUGUGGUGUCAGAGAGUCCGCCCUCGUUCCUCAAGGACUGCUACCAGAAAGUUUGCAUCGAGAGGAAACCACUCAGGUUUUGUGCAGAGAGACUGAACUCAAUGAUGAGAACUCUGGAGCUGGUGGAAAUACACGACUUCUCCGCUCUGUCACUCCUCUGUCACUUCGCCACACUCGUCAGUACAUAUGCCAAAGGGUUUGUGCUAAUCAUCGAGCCCUUUGAUGAUAGAACCCCAACCAUUAGCAACCCCAUUCUUCACUUCAGCUGUAUGGAUGCUUCCAUUGCCAUUAAACCAGUGUUUGAUCGUUUUCAAACUGUAGUCAUAACCUCAGGGACAUUAUCACCUUUAGAGAUGUAUCCAAGGAUACUGGAUUUCAGACCUGUUACCAUGGCAACAUUUACAAUGACCUUAGCCAGGACCUGUAUUUGUCCAAUGGUUGUAAGUAAAGGAAAUGAUCAGGUUGCCAUGACUUCAAAAUAUGAAACUAGAGAAGAUGUUGCUGUGAUUCGUAACUAUGGUAACCUCUUGGUGGAAUUUUGUUCCAUAGUCCCUGACGGCAUUGUUUGUUUUUUCACAAGUUAUAUCUACAUGGAGUCAACAGUAGCUGCUUGGUAUGAACAGGGAAUUCUUGAUCAAGUGCAAAAACACAAGCUGCUAUUUAUAGAAACACAGGAUGCUGCAGAAACCUCCCUAGCUUUGUUAAACUACCAAAAGGCCUGUGAAAAUGGUAGAGGGGCAGUACUGUUGUCAGUGGCAAGGGGAAAGGUCUCAGAGGGCAUAGACUUUGACCAUCACUUUGGUCGGGCUGUCAUCAUGUUUGGAAUUCCAUAUGUUUAUACACAGAGUAAAAUUCUAAAGGCUCGCCUGGAGUAUUUGCGAGACCAGUACCAGAUCCGAGAGAAUGACUUCCUGACCUUCGACGCUAUGCGGCAUGCAGCCCAGUGUGUAGGCCGAGCAUUGAGAGGAAAAACCGACUAUGGCAUCAUGGUGUUUGCAGAUAAGAGAUUUGCCCGGGCUGACAAGCGGAGUAAGAUCCCGCGCUGGAUUCAGGAGUACCUGAAGGACGGACUCUGUAACCUGUCCGUGGAUGAAGCGGUGCAGGUCAGCAAGCGGUUCCUCCGACAGAUGGCGCAACCGUUCUCCAGGGAGGACCAGUUGGGCUUGUCACUGUUGACUGUAGAACAGCUUGAUCAGGAGGACACCAAGAAGAAACUCCAGUCUAGGAUGCAGUAUGUGUGAUGUGAUGAUGUCAUGUGUGAUGUCAUGCGUGAUGAUGUCACAGGAUGGUGGCAGCAUUGGUCAGUUUCACAACAAGGAGAACUGUAUAUUUGUGUCAGGAACCUCUUAAUUAAUGGGAUCCAAUGGAUUCUUUGCGCCAUACUACAUGUUGUACUUUUGAUUAAUAUUUUUUGUAAUAAAACAAUCAAAUCAG